CAGUCUGCAAACUCCAUUUCCCAGGCACCGAUGCGGCCGCUACGUCAUAGGAAGGACUUUGACAUGAGAAUUUUCUGUUAACGAUUAGUUGUUGUUCUGCAAAGUGUGUGUCAGCCUGUUGCCAUGGCGCUAGCAGGGGUGCGCGUGGUGGAGUUGGCGGGCCUAGCCCCGGCGCCGUUUUGCGGCAUGAUCCUGGCCGACUUCGGCGCCAAGGUGAUCCGCGUGGACCGGACCAAAGUAACCAUGGCGAUGGACACGCAGGCGCGAGGGAAGCGGUCAGUGGCUCUCAACCUGAAGACUCCAGAGGGCGUGUCAGUGCUGCGCAAACUCUGCGUGCAAUCAGAUGUGGUCCUGGAGCCCUAUCGCAAAGGUGUGAUGGAGAAGCUGGGUCUGGGCCCGGAGGAGCUGUUGAAGGAGAACCCUCGUCUGAUCUACGCUCGUCUGACCGGGUACGGCCAGAGUGGGUCUUACGCUGCCGCAGCUGGACAUGACAUCAACUACCUCGCCAUGUCAGGUCUGUUGUCCAUGUUAGGCCGCCGUGGUGAGAAGCCCUACGCUCCACUGAAUCUGGUGGCAGACUUUGCUGGGGGGGGCCUGACCUGUGCCCUGGGCGUGCUGUUGGCCCUGCUGGAGAGGAGCCAGUCGGGGAGGGGCCAGGUCAUCGACACCAGCAUGGUGGAGGGAGCAGCCUAUGUUGGCUCCUUCAUGUGGAAGUCCCGGAGUAUUGGCAUGUGGGACAAUCCCCGCGGUGAGAACAUGUUGGACAGUGGAGCCCCGUUCUAUGAUACCUACCAGACCUCAGACAGGAAGUACAUGGCUGUCGGAGCCAUAGAACCACAGUUCUAUUUGCGGCUUCUACAUGGUCUGGGAUUGGAUGAUGCCGACCUCCCUUCCCAGAUGAGCUUCUCCGAUUGGCCAAAACUGCGGCAAGCCUUCACCGACUGUUUCGCCACAAAGACCCAGGCCGAGUGGAGGGCGGUGUUCGACGGCACUGACGCCUGUGUGACCCCUGUCCUCUCCCUCCAGGAGGUCAGCUCCCACCCCCACAACCAGGAGAGGGGGUCCUUCCUGCAGGAUUCUCAGGGGGAGGAGAGCCCCAGGCCGGCCCCUGUGCUCUCGCGCACGCCCGCCCAGCCAUGCCAGGGUCGGGACCCCUACAUCGGAGAGCACACCCGAGCGGUCCUGGAGGAGUACGGCUACCAGCCCCAGGACAUCGACAGGAUGCUGUCUGCUGGCGUGCUGGAGUGUAAUGUGGCCAAGGCUAGGUUAUAGGGCGGUGAGAGGGGAGAGGAUAAGGGGAAGGGGAGAGUGAGAUGGGAAGGGCCGAGGUAGAGGGUGGGGGAGAGGGUCUGCUCGGGGGUAAUCUGCUAAGCAGCUGGUUUCCUCUGCUAGGCGUGGACCAAAUAUGGUCCUGCUGUAUUCCUGUACCCACAUUGGUUUCCGUCGGUCUAAUCAUUGUAAUUAGGCUGCUAACAGCUCCGUGAAACCUGGUGUGCGUGCAUGCGUGCGUGCGACAGCAGCUGCUUAAAACAAUUGAUGAUUCUUUCGAUUCCCAGUGGGUCCGAAUCUGAAUGUGAAGAUGAGAAUUAAAGUGCCUGUUGUUCAACUUUUUGACUCUUCGGAGGUUGACUACGCCACCUAAAUAAUGUAUGUUUUGAUUCUUUCUAAUGAAAA